UGCAGUGUUUUGUUUGCAGUCAAACGAAUGAACGAAGGUUGAGACAAUUUAUUACCCCACUCAACAACCCUUUCCCUUUACACUUCCACUCCUUCUUUUUGGAGCACGACAGUGUGAAGUUCAAUAUUGGAAACUGGAAACGAGACGAAGUCAUACAAGAAAGACCCUUUUAUUUACGCACCUUGCCAUCUUGCGGUGUAACAUACGGAGGGACGGAACGCGAAAGUUGGCCUUCCUUCAGUGUUGCAAGAUGACUGCAAACGAGAGUGACGUGAAAGGUAGUGUUCCUCCCCCCUUUUCUUUUUUUCGCAUGCAAUCAACUCCUCAGUUGUGUUUUGAUAUGGAAAGAAGGUCAAAGUCACUCUAACAAUUCUGUAGUCCGCGACGAUCGCUCGGCAACUCCUGCAAACGGAGUCGCAGAGCCAGAAUGGUCUGUUGAAGCUGUGGUCAAGACCCUCCCAGGAGGCCCUCCAGAGACAAACAGCACUUCCCCAGUACCCUUCUUCCAUAUGUUGGAGCGCCUCAAGACCACGAAGCGCGAGGGAUGGCGAAGAUUCAGUAUCAACCAGUAAGUAUCCCGUCCCAAGGGUGUUCUAGCAUUGCUGAUGAGAUGCUUUCAUUGCAGAGGCGAAUCUAUCUCAGACCACAUGUACCGCAUGGCCUUGAUCACCAUGGUUGCGCCCGCCUCCCUCUCUUCGAAGCUCAAUAUCCCUCAUUGCACCAAGAUGGCCCUCGUUCAUGAUAUUGCGGAGGCGUUGGUUGGCGAUAUCACCCCGGUCGAUGGCGUAGCAAAGUCGGAGAAGAACCGCAGAGAAAGCACCACCAUGGACUAUCUCACAGACAAAUUGCUAGGUCGCGUCAAUGGCGGAAUGUCUGGCAAGGAUAUUCGAGCGGUCUGGCAGGAGUACGAGGAUUCGGAGACGAUGGAGAGCAAGUUCGUUCACGACGUUGACAAGAUCGAGUUGGUUCUGCAGAUGGUUGAGUACGAACGAGUACAUGAGCGUCGACUGGACUUGGGCGAGUUCACCUGGGUUGCUUCUCGCAUUGUUCUUCCCGAGGUCAAGGAGUGGGCGAAUGACUUGAUGAAGGAGCGAGAGGCGUUCUGGGCUGGUCAUCCUCACUUGACUUACAAUGCCGAGGGCAAACUUGAGCAGAAGUCUGGUAAUGUCAUUGAGGCCAAGGCAAAUGGCUCAAAGUAGUGUGUUUUCGACAUGAGCAUCAAUAUCAUGAUACCCCUGAGUUAGCUGCGAUCGCGGAUGGUUUGGGUUUGGCUAUAGAGGGAUACCAGGACCGGAGUGGACUGGAUUGGCGUUCGAGGAUUGCUGGGUACAAGCACUUGAGUAUUUGUUUACCUAUACUCACCAUAGAUGUCGUCUAAUCUGGGCAACGAACCUUAUGAGAAAUGGAUAACAUCA